ACCUUCAUCUUGAGAACAAAACAGCAGUAUUUAUUAUGUAGUUGAUAUCGAUAUGACGGGGACAAGAGUUUAAUCAGAUGUAAUCAGAUCUGUUCCACGCACUGGUCACAUCUCUGUUGGGUAAAUGAUUGACUCGACUUGUAUAGACCACUGGGUGUUGUCGUUUUCUUCCACUGAUGUACAGAUAACUGUUUCCUGGUUAGAGAAAAGCAGGGAUACAGGUCCUCAUUUCAGCAUUUCACAUUUCAACAUAUUUUUGCUCAUCUAAAGAGGAACAAACAUGGGAAAACCAGUCACGGUGCUUCACUGGCUUCUGCUCACACUGGGACUAGUUGCAGCUCAAGAGAAAGCAGAGCAAGCUCUACCUAACUGGCUUACGGGAAUCAUUGCCGUUGGUGUGUUCCUCUUUCUCGUCUUCAUCAUCUUCCUUGUAAACAAAGCCUGGUGUGAAACUCCAAGCAAAUCAGAAGCAGUCUUACCAACUGAAUACGCCAUGACUAAUGGAUCAACCCGUGAAACCAGUCUUGACGCAGUCAGGAGCAACGAUGGCCCUAAUGCAUUUGAGAACGCGAUCAUUCACCAAACUGAUGAAAAAGUGACCGCAAUGUAAUUUGAAGGAAAUGUCAAGAGUUUGAAGAGUCAGCAGGACAUGUUAACCAUAUGCUCUGUUGUAAUAAGUUAUCAUUUUAAUAGCUGACACAGCUCUUUCUUGUAAGAGAGUUUAGCAGUGAUUUUUGUAGAUUUUUAACUGUAGUUAACUCUAAAGGGCAUUUGUUGAUGUAACAAUUUUUAACAAUUUAACAUUUGUUGUGUAAAUUUCUUAAAAAAAUAAUAUUAAAAAUCAAUAUACUCUAUCACUCUAAAGUGUUGGGUGGGUAGGAAUUUUAAUGUUUUUCAAAGAAGUCUCACCAAAGAUGCAUUUAUUUGAUCAAAAAUGCAGUAAAAAUAGUAAUAUUGUGAAAUAUUAUUAAAAUUUAAAAUAUCUGCUUUCUAUUUUAAUAUACUUUAAAAUGUAAUUUAUUCCUGUGAUUAAAGCUGAAUUUUCAGCAUCAUUACU